CCGCUGCACUUCGGCCGGAGCGCUGCCCUGAGCCGGCCGGCCCAGCGAGCGGCGGGCGGGUGGGCGCCGCGGGCGCCAUGGAGCAGUGGCGGCAAUGCGGCCGCUGGCUCAUCGACUGCAAGGUCCUGCCGCCCAACCACCGGGUCGUGUGGCCCUCGGCCGUGGUCUUCGACCUGGCCCAGGCGCUGCGCGACGGCGUCCUCCUGUGCCAGCUGCUGCACAACCUCUACCCCGGCUCCAUCGACCUCAAGGACGUCAACUUCCGGCCGCAGAUGUCCCAGUUCCUGUGUUUGAAGAACAUCCGCACCUUCCUUAAAGUCUGCCACGACAAAUUUGGACUCAGGAACAGCGAGCUGUUUGACCCCUUCGACCUCUUCGAUGUCCGAGACUUUGGGAAGGUCAUCUCGGCCGUGUCGAGACUCUCCCUGCACAACUUGGCUCAGAACAAAGGGAUCAGGCCCUUCCCCUCGGAGGAGACCGCGGAGAAUGACGACGACGUGUACCGCAGCCUGGAGGAACUUGCAGAUGAGCAUGACGUGGGGGAGGACAUCUACGACUGCGUCCCGUGCGAGGAUGAAGGGGAUGACAUUUAUGAGGACAUCAUCAAGGUGGAGGUGCAGCAGCCCAUGAAAAUGGGCAUGACGGAGGAUGACAAGAGAAACUGCUGCCUGCUGGAGAUCCAGGAGACGGAAGCCAAGUACUACCGGACCCUGGAGGACAUCGAGAAGAACUACAUGACCUCUCUGAGGCUGGUGCUGAGCCCGGCGGACGUGGCGGCCAUCUUCAUCAACCUGGAGGACCUAAUUAAGGUGCAUCACAGCUUCCUGAGGGCCAUCGACGUGUCCAUGAUGGCGGGGGGCAGCACGCUGGCCAAGGUCUUCCUGGACUUCAAGGAAAGGCUCCUGAUCUACGGGGAGUACUGCAGCCGCAUGGAGCACGCCCAGAACACGCUGAACCAGCUUCUCGCCAGCAGGGAGGACUUCAGACAGAAAGUCGAGGAAUGCACCCUGAAGGUCCAAGACGGGAAGUUUAAGCUGCAGGACCUGCUGGUGGUCCCCAUGCAGAGGGUGCUCAAAUACCACCUGCUCCUCAAGGAACUUCUGAGCCAUUCCACCGACCGGCCCGAGAGGCAGCAGCUCAAAGAAGCGCUGGAGGCCAUGCAGGACCUGGCAAUGUACAUAAACGAAGUUAAACGGGACAAAGAGACUCUGAAGAAAAUCAGCGAAUUUCAGAGUUCUAUAGAAAACUUGCAAGUGAAACUGGAGGAAUUUGGGAGACCAAAGAUCGACGGGGAACUGAAGGUCCGGUCCAUAGUCAACCACACCAAGCAAGACAGGUACCUGUUCCUGUUUGACAAGGUGGUCAUUGUCUGCAAGAGGAGGGGCUACAGCUACGAGCUGAAGGAGAUCAUCGAGCUGCUUUUCCACAAGAUGACCGACGACCCCAUGAACAACAAGGAUGUCAAGAAGUGGUCCUACGGCUUCUAUCUAAUUCACCUUCAAGGCAAGCAGGGCUUCCAGUUUUUCUGCAAGACGGAAGACAUGAAGAGGAAGUGGAUGGAACAGUUUGAGAUGGCCAUGUCAAACAUCAAGCCAGACAAAGCCAACGCCAACCACCACAGCUUCCAGAUGUACACGUUUGAUAAGACCACCAACUGCAAAGCCUGUAGGAUGUUCCUCAGAGGCACCUUCUACCAGGGUUACCUGUGCACCAAGUGUGGCGUCGGGGCGCACAAGGAGUGCCUGGAGGUGACCCCUCCCUGCAAGAUCAGUUCUCCUGCAGACCUGGACACCUCUGGAGCGGGGCCAGGUCCCAAGAUGGUGGCUGUGCAGAAUUACCAUGGCAACCCUGCUCCCCCCGGGAAGCCGGUGCUGACCUUCCAGACGGGCGAUGUGAUUGAGCUACUGAGAGGCGACCCUGAGUCUCAGUGGUGGGAGGGUCGGUUGGUGCAAACCAGGAAGUCAGGUUACUUCCCUAGCUCGUCUGUGAAGCCCUGUCCAGUGGAUGGAAGGCCGCCCAUCAGCCGGCCGCCGUCCCGGGAUAUGGACUACACCGCGUACCCCUGGUUUGCCGGCAACAUGGAAAGGCAGCAGACCGACAACCUGCUCAAAUCCCACGCCAGCGGGACCUACCUAAUCAGGGAGCGGCCGGCCGAGGCCGAGCGCUUUGCCAUAAGCAUCAAGUUCAAUGACGAGGUGAAGCACAUUAAAGUGGUGGAGAAGGACAGCUGGGUGCACAUCACAGAAGCCAAGAAAUUUGAAAGCCUCUUGGAGUUGGUAGAGUACUACCAGUGCCACUCGCUCAAGGAGAGCUUCAAGCAGCUGGACACCACACUCAAGUACCCAUACAAGUCACGGGAACGCGUGGCCUCUAGGGCCUCCAGCCGGUCCCCAGCUUCCUGCGCUUCCUACAACUUUUCUUUUCUCAGUCCUCAGGGCUUCAGCCUUGCUUCUCAGGGCUCCUCCGCGCCCUUCUGGUCAGCAGUGUUCACGCCCCGCGUCAUCGGCACGGCCGUGGCCAGGUACAACUUCGCUGCCCGGGACCUGCGGGAGCUCUCGCUGCGAGAAGGCGACGUGGUGAAGAUCUACAGCCGCAUCGGUGGGGACCAGGGCUGGUGGAAGGGCGAGACCAACGGCCGGAUUGGCUGGUUUCCUUCAACGUACGUAGAAGAAGAGGGCAUCCAGUGACAGCGAGAAUGCGGACAGGACUCGCGGAUUUUCUUGGAAGAGUCGCUCCAGUGCUGAAGUCUGUCUCCAGCUCUGAGACUCAGAGGGGAAAUG